UGUUUUGGGGGUUUCCUCCGGGUUUCCUCCGACAGUCCAAAGGCACGCGUUGUAGAUUGAAUGGCAUUUCCGUAGUGUAUGAAUGUAUUUGGGAUUGUCCCCUGCGAUGGGUGGGCACCCUGUGCAGAGUGUCCCCUGCCUUGUGCUCCAAUUUUCCUAGGAUAGGCUCCUGGCUUCCCAUGACCCUGUGUAGGAUAAGCAGUAUGGAAAAUGGAUGGAUGGAUGGAUGGAUGGAUGAUAAUAUGUAAGGAAUAUGUGAAAUAUGUAAGGAAUAAGACAAUUCAGACCAUGAGUAUGACAUGUUACCAAGCCAAAGUGGACUAUUUUCAUAUACCAGCAUGGUCCAAAGUGUACUCAAACUAAAAGUCUUUCCCGUAUCAGGAAGCAUAUUGACUGUUACAAAGUCCCGAGUCCUUCCAUAGAUGUUACAUAAAUGUCUCCUUACAGAAAGCUUCACCACAUCAAUGAUUAUACAUUUUUCUUUGUUAAACGGCUGGAUGUUUUUUAAUGUGUUUAUUAUUAGCCUUAGUUUAUUGUUGUGUGUCUGCCAUGCAAGUCUUUGUGAAUUAGCUGUUAUCAUAUUAGAAUGACCAUUUAUGCUGCAGAUGGAACUAGCUGCUGUUAUAGAAUAUGUAUGCACACCUUUGUAUUUGAUAUUUCAACUACAUUGUGGUAAAGUGGUAGGAAUGACACGAGUGUGGCUGUCAGCAAAACAAGAUUACCUUGAGCUCAGCUCUGACCUCUGGAAAAACAUUCUUUCAUUUCACACAUCAUGUACUUUUAUGUUGAAAUGAUAUUCAACAUAAGCCCCAGUACCAAUACCAAAGUCUGAGUUUCACACAUGAAAAUGCCUAAUAUCUGCUAAGAAUGUGACAGGUCUCGGCAGCUGUCAAGGAGUUUUGAACAUUUUAGGGUUUGACCGACUGCUACUUGGUCAGCCAGAUACAUCCUGCCAUGUACUGGAUAGCUUUCAUUCAGUCAUUCCCUCCCCUUGACCCUCCAGUCUCAAUGUGAGCCUUUGUCUGCGCACGAGAAUGGACCAUUCUCCUUCUAACACAUGAAUGCUCUUGUGUCCACAGCCGCCUGCUCUGAGGACGUGACUGGACACGUGGUGUGUAUCCCAGCGGUUCCCAGAGACAGAUCUCUCUCAUCCCCUCCUUUACCCCUCUGUAAAGAUGUGUUAGGAUUAAGCCCUGGGAUUACUGAAAGUGUGCACAGCAUCUGCAGUAGGAAGAAUACGCAGUCGAUCGUUCUGUUCUUUGCUGUAUAAGAUGACCUGGGCGGUGAUGGCCUGGUGCGAAAUCUCUAACAAGCGGCUUUUGGAGCUGCACGUCCAACACACAUCUGUCCAUCGCUUAUAACCACGGGUAAUGACCAGGCACAGAAUCAACCCUGGAGAUGCCGAAGAGAAGAGACAUUCUUGCCAUCGUGUUAAUCGUGUUACCUUGGACUCUGCUCAUCACUGUGUGGCACCAGAGUGCCAUCGCCCCCCUGCUCGCUAUCCGCAAGGAUGAUGGAACCGGUGAAGGCAGACGCGACGCAGGAAGCCAAACAAGCGACUCGAAGGAGUUCUGCUCCUCUGAUAAGGACAUAGUGGAGGUGGUACGCACCGAGUACGUGUACACACGGCCGCCUCCGUGGUCCGACGCCCUGCCUACCAUCCACGUCAUCACGCCAACCUACAGCCGGCCAGUGCAGAAGGCUGAGCUCACUCGGCUCGCCAACACCUUCCUGCAUGUCCCCAACCUGCACUGGAUCCUGGUGGAGGAUGCACAGAGGAGGACGCCGCUGGUCACACGUCUGCUGAGGGAGACUGGACUUAACUACACGCACCUGAACGUCGAGACGCCUCGUAACUACAAGCUGCGAGGGGAUGCACGGGAUCCCAGGAUCCCACGGGGAACCAUGCAGCGGAACCUGGCUCUCCGGUGGCUACGGGAGACCUUUAGCCCCAACAGCACUCAGUCAGGCAUCGUCUACUUCGCUGAUGAUGAUAACACCUACAGCCUGGAGCUAUUUGAAGAGAUGCGCUCCACGCGUAAGGUGUCCGUUUGGCCAGUAGCUUUUGUUGGAGGCUUGCGCUACGAGUCCCCCAAGGUCAACGCCGCUGGCAAAGUAUACGGAUGGAAAACAGUGUUUGAUCCUCACCGACCUUUUGCUAUUGACAUGGCGGGAUUCGCCAUCAACUUGCGUCUCAUCCUGUUCAAACCGCAAGCCUAUUUCAAACUGCGGGGGGUUAAGGGGGGCUACCAGGAGAGCAGCCUGCUCCGAGAACUCGUCACUCUCAAUGACCUGGAACCGAAAGCUGCUAAUUGCACUAAGAUUCUCGUGUGGCACACAAGGACAGAAAAACCUGUCCUGGUGAAUGAAGGCAAGAAAGGUUUCACAGAUCCAAAUGUGGAAAUCUGACAUGUUCUUCAACACUGGCACUUGGAUCAUUCGAGGCCCUACAGGAACAAAGAGGCAGCAUCUCAGAACCUAACCUUCAGACAUGAUUUCUUGUUCCUGCUAACUGCAGCAAAAUGAACUGACUACCAUAAUUAAAUCUUUCAAAGCACAGAUUGGUUCAACAAGGCAAUAUCUCACGGUAUUUUGUAGGUAAAGCUGUUUAUGAUUGUAGAAAAAGACAGGAAGUGAAACAGCAAAACAUCGACGCAUCUGUUCUCAAGCAACACACACACACACGCAAACAGCAGAGAUGCGAGGUCCCUGACUCUUCCCAGAACAGGAGUGUAUUACCGAAAAACACACACUGGAUUUGGCGCGUACCCGCUGCACGAGGAAGGACGAAUCAUCUCAAUCUGGUUGCUCUUAAUAAUAAAUAAAUAAACUCAGAGACAGAACUCUUUUCAGAGAUUAACACCUGCAGUACAUAGAAGGGAAUGUGUUCUUUUGUUUGGUUUUGUUUUCUUAUCUUAACACAGUGUCUCCUGUUCAUUCAAUGUCCUUUUGUCCGUCGUGUUCAUUCUCUUGCUAGUUCAGAACUACUGACUUCUUGUUCUCUGCUUGACUAAAAUACAGGUUCUCAAAGUGUUUCAGGAGCGUAACUGCGAUAUUUACUCACAUCCCGAGCCUAGCAGCCAUGUUGGAUUCCACAGUGAGUGACCAUAUAGCACUGUUCUUAUGACUAGAAAUGAAUAUGAGCGGCACUUAAAUGUUUUGGGGGUUUUUUUUAGUUGUUUUUUUUUUGGGUGGGGGGGGGGGUGGACAUUAUAGUAUUGUAAAUAUGAACAAUCAUAGGCUUUAAAAUGAAGUGUUCUAGCAUUAAACCGAACAAAGCAAUGUAACUACUGUAUUUAUAGUAACUGAGUAUAUAGUGAGAUUAAAGACAUCAACAUGCCACAACAGAAGCCUUUGCACAUGCUCAGUGGGGGUAGAAAAAGCGUCGCGUUUAAAUGCGGAAAAAAGCGUCGAAGAACAAAAUCACAAAUAGUAAACUGGACUUCGUGUCACGACGUAAGCCAUGGAUUUUUUUUUUUAUUUUUUUUUUAGAGGAGUCCUCUCAGGCGAAGAUGCAAAGCUAAUAUGAGCCCAGUGGCAGCUUUGGAAGGGGGGUCUGCAAUAAAACCUUCGCAGUAUUAACGUAUUAGGGAGAUUCUCACAAAGCCCUCUCCCUGUAUGGUUUAUCAUUUUUAAACUGUUGGUUGUCUGCUAUCAAAAUGAGAAAAGACGCCAUAAAUGAUGUCAGUUUUGGUUCAGAUCGUAAUCUACAGCCACCAUAAACGCCGUAUAAUAAAACAUAACAAAAUAAACGGAAGCAUUUAAGUGUUCGUAAGGUAUCAGUGGUGCCUUCAGGGGGGUUAAAAAAAAAAUGUUUAAAAAAAAAAGGCUCGUAAUAUUACCUGCAUGCCACAGAAGCUUCUCCUUUUUACGGGUAGAAAUGAGUUCCUGUGCACAAUUUCUCACUGCUAUUGACAGGCUAAAUAUAGCUAAUCAAGCACAAGAUCCUGACCUUGUAAAAAAUAUUUAGGAAAAAUUGCUAUUGUCUUGUAUACAUAAAACCUUCUCAACACUUGAGCUCCUUUACGUGCUAUCGUACCUCAUUUGAUCAAAUCCUGUUCCGAGUUUAGCGAUCGGAUGAUUACCUGGUAACGCUUCAUGUUUUAUAUUAGACGUUAAUGAAUAGCUAAUGAGUAUAUAAGUAGUGAAUACAGCACUGAUUUGAGAACAUUAACAAGAAGUCGAGUAGCUUUGCCUGUUUUUUUUUUGUUGUUGUUGUUGUUUUUGUUUUUUAGCCCCCAGACACACUUGACACGCUAUUAAUUUGGCUUCACACUCUGAUGAUAAUUAGUGCCUAUUAGUGUUUCUAUACACUUAUCUUUUUAUCAUAGGUGUUAGCGGUUUCUCAGUAAUUACAACUGUCUUUCAGGACUUCUGACUGUUUAAAUACUCAUAUAACACCGAAACCUGAUAAAUGACUAUCAUGUGAAGACCGUUUUCGCAUUUCCUUAAAUACGCAAGUAUCUUGGGAUUUCCCGUCACUUUUACUGCAAAAACGAUAUCGAGGGGAAAUAUUUCUCAUCAUGAGAUGAUUAGGAUAAACCAUAAUCACGAAGCAUCUGAUUUUCCAGAAGUAAAUACUUUUGUAUUUGAACAAGACAAAUUUAUGCCUGAUUCCCACCGUGGCCCUGUGUGUGCGGAGUUUGCAUGUUCUCCCCGUGCUGCUGGGGUUUCCUCCGCGUACUCCGGUUUCCUCCCCCAGUCCAAAUACAUGCAUGGUAGGUUGAUUGGCGUGUCCAAAGUGUCUGUAGUGUAUGAAUGGGUGUGUGAGUGUGUAUGUGAGUGUGCCCUCCGAUGGAUUGGCACCCUGUCCAGGGUGUACCCCGCCUUGUGCCCGAUGCUCCCUGGGGAUAGGCUCCAGGUCCCCCGUGACCCUGAAAAGGAUAAGCGGUAUAGAAGAUGGAUGGAUGGAUGGAAAUUUAUGCCUGAAAUUAGUGCAAAUCAUAUUUUUACAGGAAAUAUUACAUUUACAUUUACAUUUAUUCAUUUAGCAGACACUUUUAUCCAAAACCACUUACAAAUAAUGAAAUACAAUUUUUAUACCUCUAUUCAAGACGUUUUGAUUGGUUAAGAUAUUUUUUUUUUUUUUUUUUUGCUGUUUCCACUAUAAAAUUAGACCUACUACAAUGCAAAAAAAAAAAAGACAUAUAAGCAAGUGAAAAUAUUUCGAAUAUAUAUUUUGAAUAUCACUCUAUUAGACUUUAAUUAAUCUGCACAUUUCCAGAAAGAGUAGUUAUUAGAGACAGGAAGCAGGUACACUGUAAA